AUGCGCACAGCCCUGACGCACGUGACGCUAUGGGCCAUCGACCGGCAGUGCUUCCAAACCAUAAUGAUGAGAACCGGCCUCAUCAAACAGAACGAGUACAUGGACUUCCUCAAGAGCGUUCCCACUUUCCAAAGCCUGACAGAGGAAACGCUCAGCAAACUGGCCGAUGUCAUGGAGGAGAAUCAGUACGACGACGGAGAGUUUAUUAUUCGACAAGGAGCCAGAGGAGACACUUUCUUCAUUAUCAGCAAAGGAAUGGUGAAUGUGACUCAGGCCGAUCCGUCCAAUCAGGAGCCAGUGCUGCUGAGAGAGCUGAGCCGCGGGGACUGGUUUGGGGAGCGCGCGCUGCAGGGUGAAGAUGUCAGAACAGCCAACGUGGUCGCCGUGGACUCCGUCACCUGUCUGGUGAUUGACAGAGACUCGUUCAAGCAUCUGAUUGGUGGACUGGACGACGUGUCGAACAAAGGCUACGAGGAUGCGGAACUGAAGGCCAAUGUGCUGACAUUUGACAUUGUGCUGCUCUCGCUCCUGCUGGCCGUGAUGGCGGCGUGUUUACUGCGUGUUUACAGCUGA